CAGAGCUACCCAGGUGGUAAUGUGCUGCUGUGUUUCCCCCCGUGCUGGGACACGACUCCGUUCCAGGGAGUUCGGUGUUGUUUCCCGGAGCUGAGCCCGGGAGGGUUCCGCACUUACCCACAUCUCUAUAAGACCGAGCUGUGCCACCGCUUUGCCGACUCCGGCUGCUGUAAAUACGGUGAACGCUGUCAGUUUGCUCACGGUCUGCAUGAACUGAGGCUGUUACCUCGUCACCCCAAGUACAAGACAGAGUACUGCCGCACCUUCCACUCCCUCGGCUUCUGUCCCUAUGAGAACCGCUGUCAUUUCAUUCAUGAUGAAGGAGAGCGCCGGAUGCCAGUGCCCCGACAAGUUCCCUGGUACAGCCGAGCCCACUCCCCGGCUUCAGAUGGAGUCUGCUCCUCAUCUGCCUCUGACAGCCCCGAGCACUUCCCCGGGAGCCCGGCCCACCCCAGCUCCGAGCCCGCUGCCUCUGCCAACAACAACACCUCUCCCGCUGCUGGUGCCGCCUCCUGCUGUCUCUACAACAACAACACCUCUCCCGCUUCUGGCGCCACCUCCUGCUGUCUCUACAACAACAACACCUCUCCUGCGGCUGGCGCCAACUCCUGCUGUGUCUACAACAACAACACUUCUCCCGCUGCUGGCGCCACCUCCGCCAACAACAACACCUCUCCUGCUGCUGGCGUCGCCUCCUGCUGUCUCUACAACAACAACACCUCUCCUGCAGGCAGUGCCGCCACGUCCUGCUGUGUCUACAACAACAACACCUCUCCUACAGGCAGCGCCGCCACGUCCUGCUGUGUCUAUAACAACAAUACCUCUCCUGCAGGUAGUACCGCCAUGUCCUGCUGUCUGCACAACAACAACACCUCUCCUGCAGGUAGCACCUCUGACUGUCAUCACCACAACAACAACACCUCUCCUGCCGGUGGCACCGGUAUCGCCAAGCUCCUGGUGCCGCUCGCACAGAAACUGCGAGCUCUGGAGGGCUCUGGCCCCACCUCGCCACCCAGGUCUUCUGGCCUCCGGUCCCCCAGGGAAGUGGACUGUCCCCCCGGACACCGGAGUCCCAGCCUGGAUGCUCGGGCCCAUCCUGCUGGCGCCUCUGAGGCCCCCGCUGCCCUGGACUCGGCAAAGCGUCUCCCCGUCUUCAGCAGGAUCUCGACCAGGAGCAUCUGAGGCAACUCUCAGGAGAUAUCCCCCUCCCCCUUCACUGGGGACGGUGGAGGGGGCCCGGACUCUGAACAGACUGUGGCUGUAGGGCUAGAUAUUAAUUAUUUUAGUUGGGUCUUUAGUUUCUUAACUUAAAAAUGUAGUUAAUUAUUUGUAGCAAGGCUCCCUGUGUAAUUAAAGCUGAGCACAAUUGAGUUUGUUCACAUUGGUGUCUCUUUG